ACCAAGGUCAAUGUUCAGGGAGCACUGGUAACUUUAAUAGCAACCCACUCAAGGAGAACAUAACAGUCACAAGUAUUUGUAAUAAGCUCUCAUCACCACCCUCCAGCAGACAUCCCUCAGCUGCAGCCAGGACCGGAACUGCGCAUGCCCAGCACAGCGCUUUUCCGGUCAGCAGGCUUUUCGCUGGUGGCAUCAGUCCCAGGCCCUGGGGGUAGAGGGUGGGCAGACUGGGACACAGAACCGGCUGAAGGGGAGGAGUCUUGAAAUAGGAUGAAAGGUGAAGCGAAGACGAUCCCCGCCUGGCCUGCCUCGGUUGAAGCGAGAAGCACUGGGGCCUGAGGAGGCCGCACGCGGGCAAGGGGCCGUUUGUCACUAUCACGGGUGCUGUUGUUGUUGUGAGAGCGCCACGGCCCUGCGGGCCCCCAGUCCGGUGUGUGCGGAAAGGGAACCCCCAAGGGAGGCCAAGGCCAGCAGGGAUUUCUCAAGCCAGGGGCUCCCCACCACCCGCGGCGGGCAGGAAGGGCGAUCCUGCGCAGCCACUUCCGGGUCCUGCGACCUGAGCGGCGUUACCACGGAGACGCCCCUCCCGAGGCCUGGCCAGUCGAAAGUUUUGCCGGCUGGGCUCCCGGGGAGGGGCGCGCCAACGGGGCGGGGCCAAGUCGGCAGCAGACACGCCCCACUCUGGGCAGCGCGACUUCGGAGGAGCACAGCGAGCGUCAUUUCCGCCCUCAGCCUCCGCCCAACGAGGAGGGGGCGGGGCCGGCGGAAGGCGCGCCGCUUGAGCGUCACCUCCGGCGAGCCUAGCGGCGACAACGGCAACAUGGCCCUAAACGGCGCUGAAGCCGACGAUUUCUCCUGGGAGCCUCCGACCGAAGCGGAGACGAAGGUGCUGCAGGCGCGACGGGAGCGGCAGGAUCGCAUCUCCCGACUCAUGGGCGACUACCUGCUGCGUGGUUACCGCAUGCUGGGGGAGACGUGCGCGGACUGCGGGACGAUCCUCCUCCAAGACAAACAGCGGAAAAUCUAUUGCGUGGCUUGUCAGGAGCUCGACUCAGACGUGGAUAAAGAUAAUCCGGCUCUGAAUGCCCAGGCUGCCCUCUCCCAAGCUCGGGAGCACCAGCUCGCCUCUGCCUCGGAGCUCCCCUUGGGCUCUCGGCCUGCCCCUCAGCCCCCAGUACCCCGGCCCGAGCACUGUGAGGGAGCUGCAGCAGGGCUCAAGGCAGCUCAGGGGCCACCCCCUGCUGCUGUGCCUCCAAAUGCAGCUGUCGUGGCCUGCACCCAGGAGGCCCUCCUGCAGAAGCUGACCUGGGCCUCGACGGAGCUGGGCUCUAGCACCUCCCUGGAGACCAGCAUCCAGCUGUGCAGCCUUAUCCGGGCAUGUGCUGAGGCUCUGCACAGCCUGCGGCAGCUGCAACACUAAGAAUCCCCUGCUGAGAAAAACCCUCCAGAAAAACA